AUGGUUGAUAAAUUUAAUAGACCUACUGGUCCAAGAGGAAAUAACAAUCAACAACAAAGAGAUUACAAUCUGCGAGAUUAUAAUAAUAAUCAACGUGAUUUUCAAAGAUCUUCAUAUAUUCCACAUAAAUCUAAUUCUAAAAAUUCACAAUCACGAGAUAGUUAUGUUCCUUCUGGACCAAAAAGAGAUCAAUAUAGACCUAAUAAUAAUGGAUUUAGAAAAGAUAAUAAUAAUAUACGACCAUCUGGACCAUCUGGACCAUCUGGACCAUCUGGUACUAAAAGACCAUUACCUUCAGGACCAUCAAGUUUAAAAAAACGAAGAGAUUUUCAUCAUAAUAAUAUACCCAAAGGCCCAAAAAUUAGAGCAAUACCAGAAAUUCGUAAAGAUUUACUACCUCAUCAAAUAUAUACAAUUAAUAAAACAGGUCCAAAUAUAUAUGAAAAAGUUCAACAAGUAGGUGAAGGUACAUAUGGGAAAGUAUAUAAAGUUAAACAUAAUAGAACUAAUGAAUUUGUUGCAUUUAAAAAAUUAAGACUUGAGAGUGAAAGAGAAGGGUUUCCAAUAACUGCAAUUCGAGAAAUCAAAUUAUUACAAUCAUUUGAUCAUCCAAAUGUUAUUGGUUUAUUAGAAAUGAUGAUUGAAAAAAAUUCAAUUUAUAUGGUCUUUGAUUAUUUAGAUCAUGAUUUGACUGGAUUAUUAUCCCAUCCAGAUUUAAAUUUACAAGAAAGUCAUCGUAAAUAUAUAUUUAAACAAUUAAUUAGCGGUUUAAAUUAUUUACAUGAAAAAAGAAUAAUUCAUCGAGAUAUAAAAGGUUCAAAUAUUUUAUUAGAUAAAAUUGGAAAUUUGAAAAUUGCAGAUUUUGGAUUAGCUAGACCAAUGAAAAUAUUAACAGCUGGAGAAUUACCAGAUUAUACUAAUAGAGUCAUCACAAUAUGGUAUAGACCACCUGAAUUAUUAUUAGGAGCAACUGAUUAUGGUAGAGAAGUAGAUAUAUGGGGAGUUGGAUGUUUAUUAAUGGAAUUAUAUUAUAAAGUUGCAAUUUUUAGAGGUUUGGAUGAAAUAAGUCAAUUGUGUAAAAUUUUUAAUAUCAUGGGUACACCAAAUAUGUCAAAUUGGCCAGAUAUUGAUAAAUUACCAUGGUUUGAAAUGCUAAAACCAAGAUUAAAUUUGGCCUCUAAAUUUGAGGAUAAAUUUAAAAAAACAAUGAGCAUAGAAGCCUUUAAAUUGGCUGAAAAAUUAUUAAUGUUAAAUCCAAAAUCAAGACCUACAUCAGAAGAAAUAUUACAAGAUGAAUAUUUUAAAAAUGAUCCAAAACCAGAACCAUUAUACUUUAUAAAAGAUUUUGAAGGAGAGUGGCAUGAAUUUGAAACUAAACAAAGAAGAAGAGAAGAAAGAAAAAGGAUAAAAGAAGAAGAAGAUGCAGAAGCAAAUGCAAGAAAAGAAAGAAUUGAAAAAGUAUCACCACAAUGUACUGAUAAAAGUGUUAAAACAUCUCCAGAAAGUAAGGAUGCAAAAGAAUAG